UAGCCAGCCUUGUGCUCUCUUCCUGCCUAGCCUGAGCCAGUCUACAGGAGCCCAAUGGCUAACUAUGAGUUUAGCCAGGUGUCCGGGGACAGACCUGGCUGCCGCUUUUCUAGGAAAGCCAAGGUCUGCCUCGGAGUGGGUCUCCUGGUCCUGAUCGCCUUGGUAGUAGUGAUCGUGGUCAUAGUUCUGUGGCCACGCUCACCCCUGGUGUGGAAUGGGAAGCCUACCACGAAGCACUUUCCUGACAUCUUCCUGGGACGCUGUCUCAUCUAUACACAAAUCCUCCGGCCGGAGAUGAGAGACCAGGACUGCAAAAAGAUACUGAGUACAUUCAAAAGAGCAUUUGUUUCCAAAAAUCCUUGCAACAUCACAAGAGAAGACUAUGCACCACUUGUUAAAUUGGUCACCCAAACCAUACCAUGUAACAAGACUCUGUUUUGGAGCAAAUCCAAACACCUGGCCCAUCAGUAUACUUGGAUCCAGGGGAAGAUGUUCACCCUGGAGGACACCUUGAUGGGCUACAUUGCUGAUGAUCUCAGAUGGUGUGGAGACCCCAGUACUUCUGAUAUGAACUAUGACUCUUGCCCACACUGGAGUGAAAACUGUCCCAACAACCCUAUUACUGUGUUCUGGAAAGUGAUUUCUCAAAAGUUUGCAGAAGAUGCCUGUGGUGUGGUCCAAGUGAUGCUCAACGGGUCCCUCAGUGAGCCGUUUUACAAAAACAGCACCUUUGGAAGUGUGGAAGUCUUUAAUUUGGACCCAAAUAAGGUUCAUAAGCUACAGGCUUGGGUGAUACACAACGUUGAAGAAGCUUCCAGUAACUCAUGUUCAAGCUCCUCCUUAAAUGAGCUGAAGGAGAUUGUGCAGAAAAGGAAUAUGACGUUUGCCUGCCAGGAUAACUACAGGCCUGUCAGGUUUCUUCAGUGUGUGAAUAACCCUGAGCAUCCAUCGUGUAGAUAGAUUUAUAUGUGAAGGAUUUGGAUCUUAGACCACCUGUAGCCCAGAUUGAGAUAGAGGGGCUCAGAAGCAACACUGGUGGAAAGCUGAAGCCGUCAGGGAGAGGACUCUACUACAAUGUGAACACCAGAGAUGGAAGAACUUCCCAAUACAUUAUGCCAAAAUGACACGAUCAACUUAGUGCUUAUUGUAUACUACCAAUAUUCAAGAAAAAUUACUCCAUAAACCAGAGUUAAACUUCUAUGUUGUUAUUUUGGUCUAACUUUCUCAUGUGGUGCUUUUAUAUUGUUUAUAUAUUGCUAGCAUCCUUUUUCUCCCUCUCUUUUAAUGAGCUCUCUCUCUCUCUCUCUCUCUCUCUCUCUCUGGCUGAGAAUCAAACCUGAGAACUUUCACACAUGGUGGAUAAGCCUAUAUUCCACUGAGUUAAAUCCUCAGCACAGCUGAUAACAUUAUUUUUAUUGAAAAAUGCCCAAUCAAAAUUUCCAUUAGACAAAGAAAGUCAAAUGUCAACUUUAUGAAUGACUUAAUUUCUGUAAUGUUUUUUCAUUCUUCCCACAAAUAUUAUUCACAUGGUAAACCUGAGGUCACUGGGUCGUUAUAAGGAAGGUGCUCUGUGGGAACUACCCACAUGCCCCUGCGCUUUGAUCUUUAACCCAUCCAACAUGUCCCUGAUAACUUUGAGUAUUAUUUUUCUUUUUUUUUUUUAAACAGAAGAAAAUGGAUUUUAGAGAGAUAAUUGAUUUUCCUAAAGUCACAUUCUUCAGAUCAUGGUUACAUCUGGAAUUAAAUCAGUUCUGUCAAAGUCUACAACAUAUGAUAAUUUUUUUUCUUUUCUGAGCUGUUAUUGCCAAAUUGAUAGUAGCCUGUGUUAUUGUCUGGCAAAUGCUUUUGUAUUAAAUUGAAUAUAAUAAAAUCUGAAAUGUGAUCUUUAUGGAAGAUCUCAAAACUAAUUGCACUGUCUUUUUCUUCCUCCUCAUUCUUGGUGCCUUCAUAGGUAGACAGGAGUUAACAUAUAUUUGUUGCUGACAUUGACAAUUUAUGUUUUCUAUCCUUUUUUCUUAGACCAGUCUUGCUCAGAAUCACUAAUUUUGCUAUGUUGAUGUCAUGUUAUUGUUGUUGUCUUUUUCAAAGCUCCAAUCUUUAGCUUUCCUUGUUUAUUUAUUUAAUUGAGCUUUUGUCUUUAUUUUUAAAAACAGCAAUUUCUUCUAGCUAUCUUGAAUAUCUUCAUUCAGUUUUUUGAGGCAAAUGUUUAGACCAUUGCUAUUUCAGCCUGUUUUCUUUUCUUAUGUAUAUAUUUUAGGACUCUAGGUUUCCCCCUGAGCCCUGCUUUCACUGUAGCACGGGAUUUCUGUUUGCCUUUACUGGUUAGUUACCAUUCAGUUCAAAAUAAUUCCUGAUUUUAUUGUUAUUUUGGGAUGUGAUAUUUACUUUUCAACAUCUAGAAAAUUUCUUUAGGUUUUUUUUUUUAAUGUCCUUGGUGGGUAUUAAUAAACUAAUUUGAGAAAGCUCC